AUGGACGCCUCUUCGCCCGCCUCCACGUGUACGAUCAGCGAGGAAAUUCAUGAGAUGGAAACCAAACCUGGAGGAGAGACAAGCACCAUCACCGCGCCCAACACCGCCGCCGAAGGAACCAUCGACCAUGUUCUUGACAUCCUGGACAAAUACUCCCACCCAUUCAUCCUCGUCGGCCAUGUCGCACUCCGCUGGAUGGGCUGCUCCUCCAGCGUCGACGCUGGCUUCGACCUCGUCCUGCGCACGUCCCAACUCCCCGCCAUCGUCACCUCGCUCGUUGAAACUGGUUUCUGGACCAUCUUCGACGGCGUCAAAACGCUCGAGGUCUUCAAGUCCGACGCGGCAUGGCAGGAUCUCGAAAACAUUGAGGAGAAGAUGCUAAUCGAGUAUCUUUGCGACGCAGACACUGUCCUGAAGUGGGAAGGCAUCGAAGGCAUCGGAUUCUCGUACAUGCGGUUAUGGACCGAGGAGGCCUAUCACAUCAACAUCGAUGCAUGCCCGCUCGUCGAAGUCCCCGAGCUGUAUCCGUGGAACCCGUUUCUGGUGGAGGAGGAAUUCCACCCCGCCCUCCGCCGCGACGACGGAUGGUUCUAUGGCCCCCGCAUCCUCGACGAUGCAGCCGCCAAUAGCGGCGCCGACGGCAUAUUCAACACGAUAUACCAGCGCACCAAGGGCGCCGGAAACACUUCUCCCAUCAACAUCCUCAGUAUCCCCGCCUACCUCGACGCGCUUGUGUAUCACACGACACACUACACCACCUUCAAACUCGGUCUCGCCUCCGUCGCCGACGUGCAGAUCAACAAUCUCACGAAGGACCUCUUCCUCGAGCUGCCUCACCAGAUGAACCCGCUCUUAUUCCAGGUCGACACAGAGACGGAAAACUACCUGCAUCCCUACUUCGCAGGAUGGAAAAGGAUGCCGCGUUAUGUCAUGUCGCUCUCGAAGGGGCGCGUGCCGGUGAAUGCUUGGGAUCCGAAGAGCUACCCCUAG